UUUUGAUAUUUUCCUACUUUCCUCAUUCCUUAACUUUCUUCCAUUUCAGAUUCAUUGUUCACAUUCAACCCCUCUCAAGUCUGUUUUACGGAACUCGAAUAGUUCAAAACACGUUUAUCAUCCCAUCCUCUCUCCUUCCUUUUCCUCCGUUUUCCUUGCCUCUUGGAUCAUCACUAUGCCGAUAUUACGAUCCCUACCUUUGAAUUACACUCUUCGUCAACCUGCAAUAGAAACACGGGAAGUACCAGUAAUAGAGCAACAGCUUUCCGCUUCUGAACAAGCUCAAGAGGCUGAACGUGGUCAUGCUGUCCGUUUGGAAGAGCAGGACCUAGGUGAAUACUCUCUUGAACUCUUUCAGCUGCGCCUGCAGGCCUUACAAGAUCAUAUUACUCAACAUUAUCCUCCGACCUUCGUUUAUAUUGGCUCGUUGGUGUCAAUUCUGGUGAUCCUGUUGGUCUUUCUGACCACCCUCCUAACUCUUCAUGUCGAGGAUGGUAAACCAUGGGUGUUGGGAUUGAUCGUUAUUCUUAUCCUCUUGUUCGUCGCCAAGAUGUUGUUUCUUUCGAGGAUCGAGCAGGCUCAUAAACAUAUAACUACGUUCCUGCAGUCCUUUAAUGAUCAGGACAUGUCUCAUUACGGCGUACUCUACCGUAUCCGACCUAGCAGCAUUCAAUAUCCCUCAUCAUCCUCUCGUUGGAUUAUCCGACUUGUAUACCGUCUCAACCUUGGCCUUCCUUUAUGGACAAUAGAUUUGAUAACCUUUGAUCACAUUGAUCAGUAUUCCUUUCAGGAUCAUCCUGCACAAAAUCCACAUGCUUCAAUUGAAGAAAUUUUGGCUAGAGAAAAUGAGCUUCCUUCUUAUCGCUCCAAAGCCAACGAAGGUAUCAUCUCCGCGCAUCAACAAUCACAUCUGGAAAUUGUCCUGAGUGAGGCUCAACCUCCUCAGUAUAAUGAAGUUGUUUUGGAAGUGGAAACGCCUCCAGUGUCAUUACCGGCAUUGACAUCAACAUCAACAUCAACAUCAACAUCAACAUCAACAUCAACAUCAGCAUCAGUAUCGGUAUCGGCACCUGGUGCAUCAGCUAGAUCAGCUUGAGCUCUUCAGCACCCCCUUGACUUGACCUGGCUAAUUUUUGUAUAUACCCAACACAACAGCUCAUAUCGAGUAAUGGAUUCGUUAAAAACACAAUAUGUAAACUAUAGUAAAUAAAUCUU